AUGACCACUUUGGUUCACUCAAUCUCCUCCAUUUCCUUUCUCUCUUCUCUCACUCUCCAACCUCUCAAAAUCAAAACCCAUAAAAGCCCACUCUCAAAUUCACCCUCCAAAUCCACAAAAACUCUUACUUGCAGUACUUCUAAACCAAACAACAGAAGACCUAUGGAUAGUCGCAAACCCACUUCCAAGAAAACAAAGAAAUAUGGUACCUCUAGAAGGUCAAUUCUCAAGAAAACAUUCAUUCAAGAACAGGUUGCUUUCUCUGCACAAUUGUCAAGUGAUCCUCAUGUAGGGAUUAUUGGAGGUGGCAUGGCGGGUCUGCUUUGUGCUUUGAGUUUGGAGGAAAGAGGGGUCAAGUCCACUGUUUUCGACACGGUUGCUAUGCUAUUUCAGGGGAUUCAUGGUUUGGGAGGGAGAAUGGGAACUAGGAUAAUCGAUCCUCAGCCAUUGAUAUUUGAUCAUGCGGCUCAGUUCUUUACUGUGAGUGAUCCUCGAUUUUCUGAGUUGGUUGAUGACUGGGUGGAGAAAGGUCUAGUUCGACUAUGGCAAGAUACAAUUGGAGAGCUUGAAGUGGGAGGUCAAUUUGUCCCAUUUCCUUCUUCACCCCCUAGAUAUAUUGGUGUUAACGGAAUGCGCCCUCUUGCUGACUCGAUAUUAUCUCAGACUCGCACGGUUAAUGUGGUGAGACCUUGCUGGAUAAGUAAACUCGAACCAUUUAAUGGGAUGUGGCACUUGAGCGAGAAUGGAAAACCUUGUGGACAGUUUGAUAUCAUUGUUAUUGCACAUAAUGGAAAAUGUGCAAAUCGAUUGCUUGCUUCAUCAGGCUUGCCUCUAAUUGCAAGACAAACGAAGACGCUAGAAUUGAGCUCUAUAUGGGCCCUCCUUGCAGCAUUUGAGGAUCCCCUCCCUAUCCCAAAUGGUGCUACUCCCUUUGAGGGAGCCUUUGUGAAAGGAGUUGAUUCUCUCUCAUGGAUGGGGAACAACUCUGCAAAGCUUUUUGGUUCUAAGACCAACGGUCCUCACUGUUGGACCUUUUUUAGCACUGCAGCUUUUGGAAAGAGGAACAAGGUUCCACAGGAAAAUAUCCCAACUGCAACAGCAGAAAAGGUGAAGACAGGCAUGCUUGAGGGUGUUGAAGCUGCACUUGGAUUGCCAAAAGACUCACUUCAAAGGCCCUUUUAUACUCGUGUCCAGCUAUGGGGUGCAGCUCUUCCAACUAACACUCCAGGAAUCCCAUGCAUCUUUGAUCCUCAUGGAAGGGCUGGUAUAUGUGGUGACUGGCUGUUGGGUUCAAAUUUAGAGUCUGCAGCCUUAAGUGGGAUGGCUCUUGCUAAUCAUAUCGCAGAUUAUUUACAGAGUGAUGGAGGUCGUCCGGAGGAAUUUGCCCUUGGUCUGAACAAGGAAUUCCAACCACUAGAAGGGCAUGAUAUUGGACAAUUUUCAGGGUUGGAGUCUGCAACAAAAAAAGCAAACCCUAUUCAGGCAUACCAAUUAAGCACUUGA